AUGACAAUUAUAAAAUCAUUAACAUCAAUUUCAAAAAUAUCAGUUAAUCAAAAAGAAAAAAUUAAUACAUCCAAUAAUGAUAGAUUAAAUUUCCAAACUCAAAACGAAAAUUCAAGAUGGAAGAUUCCUUCAUACAUUAUAUAUAACGUUAAAUACAGAUUAAUUGCAUAUUGUUAA